AGAAAGGUGGGCGUGGUAGGUCUGACCUUCCUACAGUUUCAUAGCUACUCUGCCCACUCGUACUCCUAGAUCCUCCAGCUUGUCCAGCUCGCCCUCUCAGAAUGACCCACAUAUAUGUAUCUAAAGAUACACCAGAUAUAGAGAGUCUGCUUGCCCUGAACCCUCGUGUGACUAACCAUGCCAGCCUGGUCUCCACUAACAAGACAAAGCAAGCUCGCAAGUACUGGAGAAGGAACAAGGACAAGUCAUGCUCUUCAUGUGCUACAACCAAAGAGCACAACUUUGAUGACAUCAAGCACACUACACUGAGUGAGAGAGCUGCUCUCAAGGAGGCGGGGCGUUGUCUCAAGUGUGCCGACGCCCCCUGUCAGAAGAGCUGCCCUACUCAACUUGACAUCAAGUACUUCAUCACCUGCAUCUCAAACAAGAACUACUACGGUGCUGCGAAGGCUAUAUUCUCUGACAAUCCACUGGGACUCACUUGUGGCAUGGUCUGUCCGACCUCUGACCUUUGCGUGGGAGGGUGUAACCUGUUUGCCUCGGAGGAGGGGCCUAUCAAUAUCGGGGGACUGCAACAGUUCGCUACUGAGGUGUUCAAGGAUAUGAAGAUUCCUCAGAUUCGUGAUCCCUCUCUGCCCUCCAUUAGUGACCUCCCUGAGAGCUACCUGGCAAAGGUAGCGUUGGUUGGGUGUGGUCCUGCCUCCAUCAGCUGUGCUUCAUUCCUGGCUCGUCUAGGAUAUCAGAAUCUCACCAUCUUUGAGAAGUACGACUACAUCGGAGGACUCAGCUCGUCUGAGAUCCCCCAGUUCCGCCUGCCCUACGACGUGGUAUCAUUUGAACUGGAGCUCGUGAAGGACCUUGGAGUGAAGGUUGUAACUGGGCGUGGCCUGGGAGGGGACGGUGGUCUCACUGUACAAGGUCUACUGAAAGAAGGUUAUGAGUCCGUGUUCCUUGGAAUGGGACUGCCUGAUUCAAAACUGAUUCCCAUGUUCCAGAACCUGAGUAUGGAGAAUGGGUUCUAUACAUCCAAGGACUUCCUUCCCAUGGUAGCCUCUGCCAGCAAGCCAGGCAUGUGCUCCUGUAAGAGCACUCUCCCCAGUCUGCCGGGGACAUGUGUUGUGUUGGGAGCUGGAGACACUGCCUUCGACUGUGCCACCUCUGCCCUGCGCUGUGGCUCUAAGAAAGUGUUCAUUGUCUUCAGGAAAGGAUUCACUAACAUACGAGCAGUGCCCGAGGAGAUGGAACUAGCCCGUGAGGAGAUGUGUGAGUUCAUGCCGUUCCUGUCCCCGAGGAAGGUCAUACGUAAAGCUGACGGGAAGAUCUCAGCCAUCGAGUUCUGUAGGACAUUUCAGAAUGACGAGGGUGUGUGGGUGGAGGACGAGGAACAGACGUUGAGACUGAAGACUAACUACAUCAUCUCUGCAUUCGGAUCCGGUCUCAACGAUAACUCUGUGAUUGACGCCCUCUCUCCUGUCAAGCUCAACAAGUGGGGGCUCCCGGAGGUGGACGUUGAAACCAUGGCAACGAGUAUCGAGGGGGUGUAUUGUGGUGGUGAUCUGGCUGGGUUUGCCAACACCACUGUGGAGUCAGUCAAUGAUGGCAAGCAAGCUGCCUGGUACUUGCAUCAAUACCUUCAGUCCCUGCAUGGACUCUACGUGUCCCCAGUGCCACAGCUGCCCAAGUUCUUCACUCCGGUUGACCUUGUUGACCUCAGCAUCGAGGUCUGUGGACUGAAGUUUGAGAACCCAUUUGGCCUCGCCUCUGCCACGCCCACUACCAGCUCAGCCAUGAUACGACGUGCCUUCGAGGCUGGCUGGAGCUUUGCUGUUACCAAGACAUUUGGUCUAGACAAGGACAUAGUGACCAACGUGUCCCCCCGUAUCGUGCGUGGUACCACCUCCGGCCACAACUUUGGACCGGGGCAGAGCUCGUUCCUCAACAUAGAGCUUAUCAGUGAGAAGACUGCUGCCUAUUGGCUGCAGAGUGUGAGCGAGCUCAAGAGGGAUUUCCCCUCCAAGAUUGUGAUAGCCAGUCUAAUGUGUGGUUACUCUGAGGAUGAUUGGACCCAGCUGUGCAAGAUGGCGGAAGAGGCUGGAGCAGAUGCUCUGGAACUGAACCUCUCCUGUCCCCACGGCAUGGGGGAGAGAGGCAUGGGACUAGCCUGUGGGCAGAAACCUAACCUGGUGCGUGACAUAUGUCGCUGGGUGAGGGCAGCUGUCAAGAUCCCAUUCUUUGCCAAGAUGACUCCUAACAUCACUGAGAUUGUCGACAUUGCCAAAGCUGCUAAGGAAGGAGGAGCGGAUGGUGUGACGGCCAUCAACACAGUGUCCGGUCUCAUGGGUCUCAAGGCCAACGCAAAGGCCUGGCCAUCCGUUGGUAAGGAGGCUAAUACAACCUAUGGGGGCGUGUCUGGGAACGCUGUCCGUCCAAUCGCAUUGCGGGAUGUCUCGUCCAUCGGCAACUCUCUCCCUGGGUUCCCAAUAUUAGCUGCUGGUGGAGUGGAUUCUGCUGAGUCUGCACUUCAGUUCCUUCACUGCGGAGCUAGUGUAGUACAGGUGUGCAGUGCUGUCCACAACCAAGACUUCACACUAGUGGAUGACUACAUCAACGGCCUCAAGACAUUGCUGUAUCUGCAGGGGGUCUCUGAGCUGGACAGCUGGGAUGGACAGUGCCCCCCCACAGCCAAACAUCAGAAGGGGAAAAUCAUCACUCCCAAACUCAAGCAAGUGAUCGGAAAGGCCCUGCCUGAGUUUGGGCCAUACCUCGCUGAGAAGGAGCGUCGUAUUGCCGAGUACAAGAAAGGGGUGGAGCCUCUGGAUGAGGGCGUGGCUGAGGUACACCGCCCACCCUACGAGAUCAGCAAACCAGUAUCAUCACUCAAGGACCAAGUGGGACUCGCUCUCCCUCGUAUCGGAACCUACAACGACCUGGACAACACUCAACAAGUGGUUGCCGUUAUCGACGAAGACAUGUGCAUCAACUGUGGGAAAUGCUACAUGGUCUGUAACGAUUCCGGCUAUCAGGCAAUAACCUUUGACCCCGAUUCCCAUCUCCCAACGGUCACGUCUGAUUGCACUGGGUGUACCCUGUGCCUGAGUGUGUGUCCCAUCAUCGACUGUAUCACCAUGGUGACCAAGGAAGAGACGUAUAAUCCUCGUAGGGGAAUUCCCCUCGGCCAGAGCUACACUCUCGUCAAAUAAACUGAACAAAAUGAACAAUUUUUCUAGCUAGCAGCUAGCAUAAUGUGAAAUUGUAGUUUUGGUUUUGUAGAACUAUGAUUGAACUGAAGUAUUGGUUUCGUA